AUGAAAUAUAGUGAGAUACAUGUGCCCGUUCUUUAUGGUCCUCAAAUUCCUCGACAAGAUCGUGAUGAUACUCGAGAACGAUACAAUCGUGCACUUCUCACACUUUUUGUACCAUGGCGCAAUGUAGCCGAUCUUUGUGACAUCGAUCAAACAUGGGAAGAUGCAUUCGAAUCUCGAAAAGAUCUUAUUUCUGCUUAUUCAUGGGAUAUUAUAGAAAAUAUUCAACUUUUACAUGAAUGUAAAAAAAAUCGUGAUGAUCAUCUACUUAAAGUUAUUGCCGAAGCACAAGUCGAUAAUGAUUCGAUUGAACCUAUAUUUGUACCAUCGAAUGAAGGUGCUGAUGGUGAAUACGAAGUAGAUGAUAUCGACGAUUUGAUUCAACUAAUAGGCAGUGUAGAUGAAUUUACAGCUACUGCAAUUAAUGCCACAAAAAAAUCAACAGAAAAUGUGUAUAUUCAAGAAACAAUUGAAGCUGUCGAAAAAGUUGGACGUUUCAAUCACAUGAAUCAACACGAUCAACAUAUUUCAAAUGCAGGUAUUGAUCGACAAAUUGUACCGUUUGUUUCAGCAACGUCUAAUCUAAUCAAACUUAAUUCAAAAUGGCAAGAUCAAUUGAAGAUUGAAAAAGAACGAAUUAGACGCAGUUUGAUUUCCGGCAAAGAUACCAAUGAUGAUGACAUAUUGAAUUUUGAUGAUGUAACCAACGCCGUUGUAACCGUAAUCAAUCCAUAUGAUAAUCAAACUAAUUUCGAAAAAAAUAUAUCAAUUCCUCCAGUACUCGUGGUUAAAAACAAUUACUCAACUCAAAGUAGCAUCAUUAA